CUGCAGGGAACCAUCAGAGCUUCAUCAUGAUCGUCCAUCACACUUUGUUCUGUUUGUUCUUCCUCUCUCUGCAGGACAGAAUCAGCAGUUCUGCUAAUGCACUGAUAAAUACGUAUGGAGCAGCUGGAGAAGAGGUCAGAGUUCAAUGUGCUGUUUCUUUCUCUGGAGCCUGGAAGAUCUUCUGCAGGGAAACCUGUGAAGGAGGAAACAUCCUGAUUAAAACAAAUCAACCCACCGAUCAGAGAGGAAGAUACAGAACUGAAUGUGUUAAAGAAGCUACUUCUGCUUUUUCUCUCUAUGUGAGCAUCUCAGAUCUGACCCGGUCUGAUGAAGGACGGUACCGAUGUGGUUUGGGCGACUCGUCAUCAUCAGGUUCACUCCAAGACUUCAGGCUGGUUGUUGUAGACGCUCUGCUGGAUGGAAGCAAAGUUCCUCACCUCCAUAAAGACGCUGGCAGCUCUCUGACAGUCGCCUGCUCCUUUAAAAGCUCUGGAAGGAAACGACAGUUCUGCAGAGGAGGAUGUGGAAAAGAUGAAGUUCUUCUUCAGACUGAUGGAGUCACAGCUGAUAAAAGCAGAUACUAUAUGAAAUAUGAAGAUCAAAAAUCCAGAGCAGUUCUGUUGGUGACCAUCAAACAGCUGGUCCAGUCUGACUCUGGUCGGUACCGAUGUAAACUGGAUGGAACUGGUUCCAGUAGUUCAUACAGAGACUUUCAGGUCACUGUCAGAACUGCAUCAGCCUCCACACCAUCAACUGGAACCAGUUCCAGCUCCAGUUCAGGAAGCUUCACAGCUUCACUUCCCUCUGAAACCUCUGGUCUGAAUCAGGAGAACUCGACAUCUAAAGGUUCACCAACCCACAGUGAGUGAUGGAGGAAAUGUAGCGACACGUCUAGGCUGCAGGCCCCCCAGGCCUGGAAUGGCCCCCUGCUGUAGAUAAAGAUUCAUCUUUGCUUUAGUUGGACUUGCAGAAAACUUGCUUUUGUUGCACGCUGGAAUAUUUUUGUAAAAAAGUUGCAGAACAGAGAAAAUUACCAGGAACACAAAUAAUGUCGAGUCGAUCACU